AGCGCGCAGCUCGCCAGUCCCUCAGUUUGCCCGGCGCCAGGGGAGGGUCGGGAGGCAUCUCCAGGGCCCGGGGGCUCUGCGAAGCGGGGAAGAGGUUCUGGAGGGGAAUGGUACAACUGGAUUCCAGCGGCCGCGGCUCGGCGCCAGAUCCCGGACUGUAGAAAUUUGGGGGGAGGGGAGAGCGAGAAGGAGCGAGCGAGCGCCUGAGAGAGGCAGCGCGCAGCGCGCACGGACAGGGGCUGCCGGGUGCCGUGCGGAGAAAAUGUAAGCGCGUGGAGUCUAGCUGGCCUCCGAGCACCAUGCAGAAGGGGAUCCGGCUGAACGAUGGCCACGUCGCGUCCCUGGGACUGCUGGCGCGCAAGGACGGCACGCGCAAGGGCUACCUGAGCAAGCGGAGUUCGGACAACACAAAAUGGCAAACCAAGUGGUUCGCGCUGCUGCAGAACCUGCUCUUCUACUUCGAGAGCGACUCGAGCUCGCGGCCCUCGGGGCUCUACCUGCUGGAGGGCUGCGUCUGCGACCGCGCGCCCUCUCCCAAGCCUACGCUGUCGGCCAAGGAGCCGCUGGAGAAACAGCAUUAUUUCACGGUUAACUUCAGCCACGAGAACCAGAAAGCCUUGGAGCUGAGGACAGAGGACGCCAGGGAUUGUGAUGAGUGGGUGGCAGCCAUCGCUCACGCCAGCUACCGGACCCUGGCCACGGAGCACGAGGCAUUGAUGCAGAAGUACUUGCACCUGCUGCAGAUCGUGGAGACUGAGAAGACAGUGGCCAAGCAGCUGCGGCAGCAGAUCGAGGAUGGGGAGAUUGAGAUUGAGCGGCUGAAGGCAGAGAUCGCAUCCCUGCUCAAGGACAAUGAACGCAUCCAGUCCACCCAGACUGUCACCCCCAGCGACGAAGACAGUGACAUCAAGAAAAUCAAGAAGGUGCAGAGCUUCCUGCGGGGCUGGCUGUGCCGGCGCAAAUGGAAGACCAUCAUCCAGGACUACAUCCGGUCGCCGCAUGCCGACAGCAUGCGGAAGAGGAACCAGGUGGUGUUCAGCAUGCUGGAGGCCGAGGCCGAGUACGUGCAGCAGCUGCACAUCCUCGUCAACAACUUCCUGCGCCCACUGCGGAUGGCCGCCAGCUCCAAGAAGCCUCCCAUCACGCACGACGAUGUCAGCAGCAUCUUCCUGAACAGCGAGACCAUCAUGUUUUUGCACCAGAUCUUUUACCAAGGCCUGAAGGCCCGCAUCUCCAGCUGGCCCACUCUGGUCCUUGCCGACCUGUUCGACAUCCUGCUACCAAUGCUCAACAUCUACCAGGAGUUCGUUCGCAACCACCAGUACAGCCUGCAGAUCCUGGCGCACUGCAAGCAGAACCGCGACUUCGACAAGCUGCUGAAGCAUUACGAGGCCAAGCCCGACUGCGAGGAGAGGACGCUGGAGACCUUCCUCACCUACCCCAUGUUCCAGAUCCCUAGGUACAUCCUGACGCUGCACGAGCUCCUGGCCCACACCCCUCACGAGCACGUGGAACGCAACAGCCUGGACUACGCCAAGUCCAAACUGGAGGAGCUGUCCAGGAUAAUGCACGACGAAGUAAGUGAAACAGAGAACAUCCGGAAAAACCUGGCCAUUGAGCGCAUGAUCAUUGAAGGCUGUGAAAUCCUCCUGGACACCAGCCAGACCUUUGUGAGACAAGGAUCCCUCAUCCAGGUGCCCAUGUCUGAAAAGGGCAAGAUCACCAGGGGGCGCCUGGGGUCUCUGUCCCUAAAGAAAGAGGGCGAGCGACAGUGCUUCCUGUUUUCUAAGCAUCUCAUCAUCUGUACCAGAGGCUCUGGUGGGAAGCUUCACCUGACCAAGAAUGGAGUCAUAUCCCUCAUUGACUGCACUUUAUUGGAGGAGCCAGAAAGCACGGAGGAAGAAGCCAAAGGAUCCAGCCAAGACAUAGACCACUUGGAUUUUAAGAUCGGGGUGGAGCCAAAGGAUUCCCCAUCCUUCACUGUCAUCCUUGUGGCCUCAUCCAGACAGGAGAAGGCGGCGUGGACCAGUGACAUCAGCCAGUGUGUGGAUAACAUCCGGUGCAAUGGGCUCAUGAUGAACGCAUUUGAGGAAAAUUCCAAGGUCACUGUGCCACAGAUGAUCAAGUCCGACGCCUCCUUAUAUUGUGAUGACGUGGACAUUCGCUUCAGCAAAACCAUGAACUCCUGCAAAGUGCUGCAGAUCCGGUAUGCCAGCGUGGAGCGGCUGUUGGAGAGGCUGACGGACCUGCGCUUCCUGAGCAUCGACUUCCUCAACACCUUCCUGCACUCCUAUCGCGUCUUCACCACCGCCGUCGUGGUCCUGGACAAGCUCAUCACCAUCUACAGGAAACCCAUCAGCGCCAUCCCCGCCAGGUCAUUGGAGCUCUUGUUCGCCAGUGGCCAGAACAACAAGCUCCUGUAUGGCGACCCCCCCAAGUCGCCACGCGCCACCCGCAAGUUCUCCUCACCCCCACCCCUGUCCAUCACCAAGACGUCAUCCCCGAGCCGCCGGCGGAAGCUCUCCCUAAACAUCCCCAUCAUCACGGGCGGCAAGGCCCUGGACCUGGCCGCCCUCACCUGCAACUCCAACGGCUACACCAGCAUGUACUCGGCCAUGUCGCCCUUCAGCAAGGCCACGCUGGACACCAGCAAGCUCUACGUGUCCAGCAGCUUCGCCAGCAAGAUUCCAGAUGAGGGCGAUAUGAGCGCUGAGAAGCCCGAAGAAUCCUCAGCUCCCAGCAAGCAGAGCUCUGAAGUCUCCAUGAGGGAAGAGUCAGAUAACGAUCAAAACCAGAGUGACGAAGGUGACACUGAGACAUCACCAACCAAAUCGCCAACAACACCAAAAUCGGUCAAAAGCAAAAAUUCCUCAGAGUUCCCACUCUUCUCUUAUAAUAAUGGAGUUGUCAUGACCUCCUGCCGCGAGCUGGACAGUAACCGCAGCGCCCUGUCAGCAGCCUCCGCCUUUGCCAUAGCAACUGCAGGCGCCAACGAGGGUACCCCAAACAAGGAGAAGUACCGGAGGAUGUCCUUGGCUAGCGCAGGCUUUCCCCCCGACCAGAGGAACGGAGACAAGGAGUUCGUGAUCCGCAGAGCGGCCACCAAUCGCGUUCUGAAUGUGCUCCGCCACUGGGUCUCCAAGCACUCGCAGGACUUUGAGACCAACGACGAGCUCAAAUGCAAGGUGAUCAGCUUCCUGGAGGAGGUCAUGCAUGACCCGGAGCUCCUGACCCAGGAGCGGAAGGCUGCGGCCAACAUCAUCAGGACUCUGACCCAGGACGACCCGGGGGACAGCCAGAUCACGCUGGAGGAGCUCACACAGAUGGCUGAAGGCAUGAAGGCCGAGCCCUUUGAAAACCACUCAGCCCUGGAGAUCGCGGAGCAGCUGACCCUGUUGGACCACCUGGUCUUCAAGAAGAUCCCUUAUGAGGAGUUCUUCGGACAAGGAUGGAUGAAACUGGAAAAGAAUGAAAGGACCCCUUAUAUCAUGAAAACCACUAAGCACUUUAAUGAUAUCAGUAACUUGAUUGCUUCAGAAAUCAUCCACAAUGAGGACAUCAAUGCGAGGGUGAGCGCCAUCGAGAAGUGGGUGGCCGUGGCUGACAUAUGCCGAUGCUUACACAACUACAAUGCUGUUCUGGAGAUCACCUCAUCCAUGAACCGGAGCGCAAUCUUCCGGCUGAAAAAGACAUGGCUCAAAGUCUCUAAGCAGACAAAGGCUUUGAUUGAUAAGCUCCAAAAGCUUGUGUCGUCAGAGGGCAGAUUUAAGAAUCUGAGAGAAGCUCUGAAAAAACAGAUGUUCCACCCAUCUGUGCUGUCCGGCCGUCUCUCCUCCGCCUGGGCUCCGCGGAGCCCCCGUGGACUGUGCUUGCGGGGAGCUGCCCCCGCCGUGCAUUCACCAACCUGUCCGUCCGCCCGCAGGGUGCGGCUCCAUCAGCCUCCUUCACAUGGCUUCCUCGCCCGCCGCCGCCGCUGCCUCCACCGCGUCCGUGGUCCCCCAUUCUGUCCGAGUCCCCAUCCUGACUGUCUUCCCUCUUUCAGGUUACCCGUGGGCCUAUAACUGAGACCUGUAAGAGAGAGCAGCCCAUCCCACGGCUGGGACGGGGUGAAGGAGAGGGCUGACCCGUGCCGUCACCGCCCGUUUCCCGGGGUCGGGUGGAGCGCCCCUCGGGCAGCUGCGUCUCGCUUUCAGUCGCCGGUACCAGUUAAUUUCUUUCAUUCCCCCUUGACAUCAGCAGGAAUUUCUUGGUAGAAACAUCAAGUGCGGGGGCCCCAAACAACCACAGACAAGAUCCAGAUGCCAGGUAUCGCCACGUCUAGGCGCUGCCUGGAACACCAGGAGCAGCUUUUAGGAUGGGGGAUGGGGCACUUUUCUUUCUGCUCCUUGAAACGUCAGACACAGGCAUGGCGGGGCUCUGCCGAAAGAGGAAGCCCCCCCCCCACCGCCAAUUUCAGCCUUGUUGGCCCCACCCUGAUCCAGGACAGGGCUGGAUCCCUCCUGACAGGGGCCAGAUGCCCACACGGAAAGUUCAGAGCUAGCCAUAGGUUGGGUGUUUUGCCUACACGAAGCCCCUAGUGUGCUCCCCUGCUCGCUCAGAUUCUCAGCAUGGUCUGUCUCCAUGCAGUGGUGCCCUUGGGGGGCCCUCCAACAGCCCCGUGUACCCCACACCUGUCCCCACCACCCGCUACACUGGCCACUCCGACAGCCCCAUAUAUUUACCUACGUGGCUCUGGAUUUUGGUUGGUUGGGUGUGCGUGUGUGUGUGUACAUGACUGAAUUAAGGGUGGUGUUCCCUGGACCCCUCACCGUGAAGGUAGUAAACAGGAACAGAGUUUGGUGCUGGGGCUGGCAGUGCCACUUGCAGUGACUAAAUUGCCCGUCCAUCACCUUUCCACAACUGGAUCAGAAACCCCAGUAAAUAUCUCAGGGAGACCCACCUCAGUGACCAGAGGACUCCCAGACUUUUUUCACUGGUCUGGGUGGUCAGAGGCCGUGUGAGGUAUCCAGAAACACCCUGCGUCCUUCAGUCAUUCACAAGCAGCAAGCAGCCCCUGGACUCCCCUUCUGCCUCUAUCUGAGAUUAGAGGUCCUUCGAGCUCUGCAGGCUACCUGGUUCCCAUCAAGGGCAGGGGGAGUGCGGCACCCCCCAGAACCUGCCGGUCAGCACGCCGCCUCAGCCCUCCAGCUCCAGAGCGGCUGCUCAGACCUUUGAACUCUUUCUCCGUCAGAUCCACCAGCCUGUGUUCCAGACUUGGAGUUUGACGGAAAGGAAAUGAAAAGCCAGGCAUGUAGCAAUCAUGGACUGUAAUGCAGAAGGACCCAGAGAGGUCUGCCAGUGACCAGUAUGAUUCUUGCUCUUUUUUCUUUUUCACAACUCACAGUAAAAAAAGAAAAAAAAAAAAAAUUACAUUUGACAGUGACCCUAUAUACAAAUGCAUAUAUGCAUACCAGGAACAAAAAUUUCACAAAGCAAUUUUAGUCCAUGCAAUGAACCCAGAUACCCUCUAUUCUCUCUUUUUUUAAAUUUUUAAAAAAAUCUGAUCAACACUCACCAAAUUGGUUUUAACACCCAUGAAAGGUUCAAGACCGACAGUUCCAAAAACAUUUCUCCUGCUCACUGUUUCCCAAACUCCAAGCAUCCACCUCCUUCAGGACUUUGCCAUACCCAUGUGUCAGCUAUAUUUGCAUUUACUUAAUUAAAGUAACUCACUCUUUCCCAGAAACACGUUUAAAUAAGAAGGAAAACUAUCUCAUGACAGCAAAUGGGAAACCAGCGUAUUUGCCAUAAACACACAAGCUUACCAUAAAAAAUACAGUGAAAUCAAAAUAAUAUUAUUAAAUUCUGGCCAGAUCCUGGUGUUUCCUGAGUGAGACCUGUUACUAUUUGUUCAAAAAGA